GAGGCCCUUGCAGCGGGCUCUGCAUCUCUACAGCGCGCAGCCAUAGAAAUCAGAGAGUGAUAACAAAGGGCGGGAUGUGUGGAGGUUGGGUGUGUGCACUGAGAGUGGGAGGGACACUUUAAGUUUCAGGAAGAGAGCAGCACCUGUCGGAGUGAGACACACAGCGAGUGAAGGACUGCACCGCUCCACGUCACAGGAAAACAUGCAGAGCCCUAACUCUCCAGGCCUCAGCCGGGCCCUCUCUGAGGACCAGUUCAGCUGCUCCAUCUGUCUGGAGGUGUUCGUGGAGCCCGUCACCACACCGUGCGGCCACAGCUUCUGCAAGGCCUGCCUGCAGGGCUACUGGAACCACAGCAAGAAGUUCCUGUGCCCCAUGUGCAAGAAGGGCUACAGCAGACGCCCCGAGAUGAGCGUCAACAGGGUCCUGGCCGAGAUCUCCUCCCAGUUCCAGGGGCUGAUGGUGGCGGGAGGUUCUCCAGGAACCGGGGGAGGAUCAGGGGGGUCCUCACGGGGAUCCACGCUGAAUCUGAGCUCAGAUACGAACCACUGCAGCACCGACAACGGGGAGUUCGCCCGGGCCGGGGAGGUUCCCUGUGAUGCGUGCAUCGGGAGGAAGGUGAAGGCCCUCAAAUCCUGUUUGAACUGUCCUGGAUCCUUCUGCGAGGUCCACCUCAGACAUCAUAAAAAGGUGAAGACUCUGACAUCUCACCGGCUGAUCGAACCCACUUUCCACCUGGAGGAGAAGAUAUGUAAGAAACACGAGCGUCUUCUGGAGAUCUACUGCCGCACCGACCACAUCUGCAUCUGCACGGCCUGCGCAGAGGCCUCGCACAAGCCCCACGACAUCGUCUCCGCUGAGCACGAGUGGAAGAAGAAGAUGAGUAAUCUGAGUAAGAAGAGGUCGGAGCUCAAACAUUUGAUCAAGGAGAGAACCAAGAAACUGGACGACAUCAAACAAUCCAUCAAGGUCAUCAAGGCCAGCUCUCAGAAGGAGUUGGAGGAGAGCUGGCAGGUGUACGCCGAGCUGCAGCGCCUGGUGGAGCACAGUCAGGCGGAGCUGGUGGAGCAGAUCGCCAAGAGGCAGCGCGAGGCCGAGCGGCACGCGCAGGAGCUGGCCCGAGGUCUGGAGAACGAACUGAGCCAGCUGAGGAGCCGCAGCAAUGAGCUGGAGGCGCACGCACACACCCAGGACAAAGUGCUCUUCCUGCAGAACCUGGCGACGCUGACGCCCCCACCCGAGCCCAACGAUUGGUCGGCAGUCAGCAUCAACACCGACCUUUACCUGGGAACCAUCCGCUCCUCCGUCAGCGGCCUCAUUGAUAAAUUCAACGAGGAGCUCAAGAGACUGUACGGGAAAGAGCUCCGGAAGGUGCAGAACUAUUCAAGUGAGGUGAUUUUGGACCCUGCCACGGCCCAGAGGAACCUAGUUGUGUCUGAUGACGGCCGCCAGGUGAGAUACGAAGAGCGUAAGGCCACCCACAACGAGAGUCUCAAGCGCUUUAGCCCCGCCCUCUUCGUCCUGGGUCGAGAAUGCAUCAACUCCGGGCGCCACUACUGGGAGGUGGACAUGGGCCGCAAGACGGCCUGGACGAUCGGCAUGGCCAGCGCCUCGGCCAAACGAAAGGGGGAGAUCAAGCUGAGUCCCGAUGGGGGGUUCUGGUGCCUGUGGCUGAAGAACGGGGAGGUGAAGGCUUUGGCUUCAUCCCGCCUUCCUCUGCUGCUGCCGUCCCAGCCCAGUAAGGUGGGAAUCUUCCUGGAUUAUGAAGGAGGCCAGAUUUCCUUCUACGAUGUGAAGGCACGUCUGCAUCUCUACUCGUUCGUCGAUAACUUCAGCGAGAGUCUGUACCCGAUCUUCAGCCCCUGCCUCAGCCAGGACGGGAAGAACUCUGCGCCUCUCGUGAUAGCCUCUGUUAAACACGCCUUGUUGGUGGGGGGGUUUGAGGUGGCAGUGGUCUCAUGUGUCAUUGUACAGCAGAGCUCUGAGGCAGCUGCUCUCUGCAGGAUUGAUGCCCCGUUCAGAGCCUGGUUGCUUGCGCUGAAAAUGACCCUGCCAAUCUGCCGUGCAGGAAUGGCCACCACCGGGAACCUUUCUGAAGAGCAGGUGCAUUGCUCCAUCUGUCUGGACGUCUUCACAAACCCCGUGUCCAUCCCCUGCGGACACAACUUCUGCCAGGGCUGCAUCCUGGGAUACUGGAAGACCAGCCCUUUGUACCAGUGCCCUAUGUGCAAGAAGUCUUUCUGCAAGAGGCCGGACAUUAGCAUCAACACGGUGCUGAGGGAAAUCGCAGAGCAGUUCAAAGAGAUCAGGGUUAGAAGUGAGGAAGAAAAGGUGAGCGAGGAAGUGGAAGACGUGAGGGAGAAGAAGUGGAUGAUGGAAAGAAAGAAAAAGGAGGAUGAGGAGAGGCUUUUGGAGGAAGAGCAGAAGCAAGAUGUUCGGGAGGAGCAAGAGGAGGUGAGAAAUAAGAAACCAGGAGAGAAAAAGCUUCUACCAGAGGACUUACCACCGCUUAUCCCCCCUCUGUCAGCACCCAAAACAUCUCCUCUACCCUCACCAGCACAGGAACCGCCUCCACUGCCCCAAACAUCACCCCCACCAUCACCACAAAUCCCUGCUUCUUCACCUCCCUCCUCUUCACUGCCACCUCCUGCCUGGGAGGAGGUGUUCUGUGAUGUUUGCCUGGGCGACGGCAGGCCAAAAGCCAUCAAAUCCUGUCUCGUGUGUCUCACUUCCUACUGCGAGGAGCACCUGAAGGCUCAUUCGGCCCGGUUCACCAAGCACAAGCUGAUAGACCCUGUCGCCAACAUGGAGGACCGGAUGUGUCCGAAGCACGAGAGGCUCCUGGAGCUCUUCUGUAAGAAGGACCAGACCUGUGUGUGCGUCCUCUGCACCGAGACCGACCACCGGGCGCACUACACCGUCCCCGUGGAGAGGGAGUGGAUGGAGAAAAAGGCGCAGCUGAAGAGGACAGAAAUAGACGUCCAGCAGAUGAUUCAGGAGAGAGAGAAAAAGGUGGAGGAGAUCAAACUCUGCGUGGAAGAAAACAAAGCCAGCGCUCAGAGGGAGGAGGAGAGCAUGCAGGUUGUCUCAGAGCUGGUUCGCUCCAUCCAUAGGACACAGGGCGAGCUGGUUUUGGGCAUAGAGGAGAAGCAAAGGCAGACUGAGAGGUGGGCUGACGGCCUCAUCGCUGAACUGGAGCAGGAAAUCGCUGAGCUGCAGAGGAGGAACACAGACCUGGAAAACGUGGCUCGGACGGACCACAUUCACUUCUUGAAGAGCUUCCCAGCCCUCAGCACUCCUCCUUCUGUCAAAGACUGGUCUGAGACCAGUGUUCCCACUGCCAUGUGUGUCGGCAUGAUCAGGAGAUCCUUGUCCAAACUGGAGGCAACAUUAAAGGAAAUGAUCCGUAAACUGGCAGAAAGUGAGAUCAAGAAGAUCCUGAAAUAUACAGUGGACAUAACCCUGGACCCUGACUCUGCCAACCCGUGGUUGCAGCUUUCUCAGGACAGACAUCAGGUGAGACACCUGGGCGCAUGGCAGGACCUCCCAGAUCACCCUCAUCGCUUUGACACCGUGGUCAUCGUCCUGGGCCGCGAGGGCUUUACCUCAGGUAGACAUUACUGGGAGGUCCAGGUGGGGGACAAGGACGACUGGUACAUGGGUGUGGCCAGGUCUUCGGUCAACAGAAAGGGCAAAAUUGCCAUAAGUACUACCCAAGGCUACUGGGCUCUGGCCAUGAAGAAAGGCCAGGGGUAUCGUGUGUCAACAUCCCCGCCAUUACCGCUCGCCAUCAACCCCAAGCUCAAGCGAGUGGGCGUGUACGUGGACUACGAGGAGGGGCAAGUGUCCUUUUAUGAUGUGAAGGCUUUGACCCACAUUUACACAUUCAAAGAUACGUUCACAGAGAAGAUCUUGCCCUUCUUCUACCUGUACUGCUGCGACAAAUCCUCUGAUACCAUUGUGAUAUCUCCUGCGAUUGAGAAGAGCCCGAUCAAGCAAAGCUAAGGACGCGUUUGACAGUAUAAACAGCACUGGACAUAGGUAUGAAAGUGAAAACUGACUGUGUUUUGUUUUAGCCGCCAUACUUGCUCUGAUGAAAUCCUGUAUAUGUAUUACAUGUAUGGUGUAGCUGGACAAUAUAUUGAUUCAACAACUUAUGAUAUCAGUUCAAGUUCCAUGAAAGGGAUAGUUGUUACAGCUGUCCUGUCUGUACACUAAAUCUGAAACUAAUGUUCAGUUGACAUUUUCUCUCACUUGAAAGCGCGAUUUAGAGCAUCAAUGCGUUCAACCUGUUUUGGGUUAUGAGUUGUGGGAUGGUGUACUUACACUUCUCCUCCCUUCUUAGCAAAAGGGAAGGAACAAGUAGCGAUGGCAGUUGUUUAUGUAACACAUAUUCUAUUUUUCACUAGAUACCCCAAUUCUGUUGUCAGGUUUAAGCCAUCAUUAUGUUUAUAGAGUUACUUAAGGAGUCUGUAAUGAUUUGGUACAGCAAACGAUAACGCAAAUGCUAGUUAACAAGCUAACAGUGGCGAUUGUCAUUUCCUGACAUCAGUACGUAGUGUACACAGUGUAGCCUACAACAGGAACGUUUCCAAAUUGAGACACAGCAUUGAACUAGCAGUCAGUUAGCUUAGCAAAAAUGGGGGGUUUACAGUAUGUUCAGGAAUAUUAAUCUUUUGUGUUUCAGAAAUAAAACAAACAUGGUUUAUAAGAACUAAAUUGUACAGACGCUGGCUAGCUGUUUUCCAGUCUUUAUGCUAAGUUUACCAUUAUUUACCGUGCAGUCAUAACAGUGGCUUUUAAUUAGUAUAGUAUUUUCUAAAAUAACCUAUGCUUCUAAACCCAUGUCAUAAAAUUUAAGGAAAGUGUAGUUUCUAUAUUUCAAGAUUGCAUGUUGAGUUUGAAUCAAGUGUGAUUGAUGCGGCUAAGGUUGUGAGUUCCUGAUGGCUUUCUUGAAAACAUUGCUUCAUUUUAGCUAAAUGUCUCUUGACCACACCCACUGACAGUAACUGCUGUGCUUUCAGGGCUCUUCCCGUAAUGAGUAUUGCAUUGUUUGUGGUGCAAUAAGUUACAGCGCAUCAUGUUUUCACAAGAGACACUAAAGUCAUUUGGAAAAUACUGGAGAAAAAAAAGGAAAAUGUGUCAUACAAAUAAUUUAGCAGUUUUGGUUUUGGUUUUGAAAUACAGACCUGUAGGCAUGUGAUGCCGGAAAAAGAUCUGCAAGUUCAUUCAUGUGCAAAUGACUCAUUGUGUUCUAAGCAGCCAUAAAUAUAGACCUGAUUCUCAA